AGAUGAUGUUAUUUCAUCUCAAAAGCAUUUUUCAGACAAAUCCGGGUUGGGAUAUACCAGAGGGAGUAGCUGAUCUGGCAAUAUCACCAAAGAAGUGAAGUUUAUAAAGGCCAAAGAGUCAGUUGAAGUUGGCCUUACUACUGAGAAACCCAAGAUAGAGGAGAAGAGGAAUGUGGAGAACCAACGAAUGUUGAACAACCCCCGUAAUCAAUUUGUGGGCAGGUCUAAAUCCCAAGCCAAGUCUCGUCCACGACCACAAAGAGAUCCUAGAUCGAACUAUGUGUGUCAUCACUGUGGACUUCAAGGGCAUACUCGACCAAAUUGUCAAAAGCUAAGAGAAAUGAAUAGUGCAACUGCUCCAAGGUCACGAGGACCUAGAAAUGACAGGAGAAAUUGGACUGGUGAACCAUCAAGAGAUCAAAGUGGUGAUCCUGGAAUGAUGGACCCAAUCCUAUAAGGACAUCACCCCAAAUGCAAGUGACGUGUGGGUGAAAAAAGAUGGCUCCUUCAUCCCUAAAGAAGAAAACACUUGCCAAGAAAGCAGAUAAGAGAAUGAAAAUGGACCAUAAUCUGUUUAGGUCUGUUUCCCAUUUUGAGAGAUACAAGAAUUUUUUCUUUAAGGUAGGAAUCAUACAAGAAAGGUAUGUGGAUUUGGAGGAUUCGAGAGACAUCUUUAUCCCUAGUUGUUUUGAGGGAAGAGGAUGGGAAAAGCUGCUAAGUGAUUUACCAGCUGUGUGAAUCCCUGAUUAGGGAGUUUUACUCCAAUGCUGUGAUAAGGGAAGAAGAGUUGAGCUGCUGGGUUAGAGGAACAGAAUUCACCUUAGAUGCACAGGACAUUGAUGAUGUGCUAGGUCUUGAGGGGUUAGAAGAUCAUGAGUUCAUCAACUAUAAGGAUAGGAUGCUUUUUAUAGAAAUUGUACAGCAGAGGAUUGGUGGACAGACAGAAGGGAAAUGCCUUAAUACCACAGCCUUUCCAGUGGACAUGAGGUGUCCCACUAUUAUCAUGAUGUUUAACUUGUAUCCUAUAAAGAAGUUGACUACAAUUAACAAUGCCAAAGCUAUUUUUCUGAUGGAGCUCAAGGAAAAGGCAUUCAUUGAUAUCAGCUCCCACAUAUUUGAUACUAUUGUGGAUGAGACUAAAACCACUUCUAGGCCUAAACUGAUCUUUCCUAGCCUACUCAUGAGGAUUUUCAGAAAGAAAGGUGUUGCAAUCCCUCGAGACAUCAGUCCCAUAUCUACGCCUUCAGCAAUUCACAAGCAAACCUUCAAGAGGAUAAGUGUUCGUCUUCCAGGUGAAGAAGAUGAAGGUGAUGAAGGAGAGGGUGUCCCAAUGGAGACUGAGGCAGAGGCAGCAGGUCAAGCAUCAACUUCAACACCCAGAAGGAGAGGCAAAAGGACUAGAGCAUCAACUUCUUCAGAUAUACCUCUAGAUGCAUUUCAGGUCAUCUUGGAUAGACUUGAUGGGCUCAGAGAGUUCCAGACCGAGCAGUCUGAGAGGAUAGCAGCCAUGCAGGACCAACUUCAUGUUCUCACAGCAAAAUUUGACAGCAUCACCACACAUCAUGAGCAAUGACCCUUUGGCCAUUCCGGUCAAAAAGGGGGAGAAGUUUUUUUUUGAAGCAGCCCUUGAGGGGGAGUACUAAUUUGAGGGGGAACAGUCAAAAACUGUGUUUUUCUUGUUUACUUGGUUAAUGUUUAUGGUUAUAGUAUUAUGGUUUGGAUAAUUGUUGUUAUUAUGGAUUUGAUACACUGUGGUUAUGGUUUAUGUUUGGUUCAAACUCAAAACUCA